AUGAAAUUGAAUUAUUCAGAAUUAAUUUUAUUUGAUUCACACUCUCGAAGAAGAUUCAUUAUGAAAUAAGGUUCCAAAAAACACAAAACCUCGUAUCAUAAGUUGUCUUCUGACAUUAAGCAAACCCUAAUUCACUUGAUUUGUCUCAAAGGCUUCAAAAUAAAACACGUAAACCCCUUCAUUCUAUUUUUAGGCUGCCUCCCAACUGAAUAUCAAGUAUUCGGCUGCAAAAUCCAUUUUCCUUUACCACCGAAAUAAUAUGAUCAAAAAUUCAUAAGGCAUCGAUUCGACAAAAAGAUGUUUGUACAGAACCAUUACCAAGGAAGGUGUAAAUUUUCGAGUAGUCACAAAAAUAGCUGGGGAAUUUGUGAAUUCAAAAUCAGGACACCACAAACCAACUCAGACUUCGAUAUGA